AUGACACUAAGACUGGUUAUUGGAGUAUUCCCGGGUUCCAGCACUCUGCUCAAGGUGUCGGCAAGAUACAACAAAUUCGAGGAGUGCACAGGCCAAUGGGAAACUGAAGUAAUCACAGUUACAGUGGUCGAUAGAGAAACGCUGCCUGCAACUAAAGAUUUCAAUUAUGAGAGUGAUGAACCACUCAACGAAUUAAAUCAUUCAAAUAAAGGAAAUAACCAAGCUACGGGAAUCGAAACUUUAAAAGGAAGAAACUGGCUGGAUGACGAAGUUGUCGAUGAUUAUUUAAAAUUAAUCGCCGAAUCGUCAAAUAUGGAACCAGUGUCGCCAAAAGUUAUUAAUCUAAGCUUUUUUGUCUUAUCACUAUUGAGAGCGCAACAAACCGGAAACUGGAGCCAGGUUAUGAAGGCCACACGGAAAAUCAACGUUUUGGAGACGGAUCUCAUACUCAUUCCAGUGAAUAUCAACAACGUACACUGGACUCUGGCCACUUUGUGUUGCAACGAAAAACUACUUAAGUUCUACGAUAGCUUAGGUGGAGGAGGUGGAGAUUUUCUUAAAUUGAUACUAAAACAUUUUGCAUCGCUUACAAAUACGAGUUUUAACGAAUGGAAAAUUGAGGUUAUGAAAAACAUUCCGAGACGAGAAAACUCUUACGACUGCGGAGUAUUUGUUUGUCAGUAUUUCCUCUGCCUCAGCAAAGGGGCGCCUUUAAAUUUCCAUCAAGACAAUAUGAAAAUAAUACGCGAAAUAAUGAUUGAAGAACUUACCACAAGGAAAUGUUUCGGGAGCUAUGAAUAA